CCUCUACUUAUUUCGAUGAUAUUACCGCUGCAAACACUCCCUCUACUUAUUUCAUACACCAGCUCUUGCCUUCCUCCCACCCCAGCGUCAGGGAUAUACGCCGUGGAGUAUUCUCUCUCCUGCCUCAGGCUCAUGUAACAUCACUGUUAACAGGUAAACAUCUGCAAUAUCAGAAAUCCAAUGGAGGCAAUACAAGUGGUGCAGAUUGUAGCGACAGUGUUGAUCUUUGUGGUGGGUGUAAGUCUGAACGGCCUGGUAGUUUGGGUGUUGGGAUUCCGAGGGAGGCGAAGGAGUGGCUCCAUAGGAGGUGAAACAAAGGGUGCUGGAAGCUUCCGGAUAUACGUUGUGAACCUGGCACUGGCCGACCUGAUGUUAAUUUUGCGCACUCCUGUCAUGAUAGGCUACCUAGUACACAAUUUCACCUGGCCCUUUGGAAAGCCAGUGUGCCAGCUGAUCAUGUUCCUGCGCUGCCUAGGAUUAUAUGCAGGGGCCUUUUUGCUGAGCGCCAUUGCACUGGAGCGAUGCUUGUGCAUAUUACGGCCUGUCUGGGCUCGAAUGAGACGCCCACGCUGGGUGGUGCCACUCGUCUGCCUCCUGCUGUGGGCACUGGCUUCUGCCCUCUCGGUGCCCUACAUCACAGCUGCUGGACUCAAAGAUUACGACAACCGUACCCAGUGCCUGGAAAAUGUUAAUCAAACUGGACGGACCAUGCUGCUCACGGUGGAGUCUGUGGCGGGUUUCCUGCUUCCACUGUUAAUUUUCUUAUCCUGCAAUGUGGCUGUAAUAGUUACUGCAAAGAGGGCUGAGAAUGUGUCCAGCACCCCUGUCUCCUCACCUACUUCCCCUACUGGAUCUGUUUACACAUCACAGAGGAUGACCCGCCUCUACCGAAUCCUCUUCUUCACCAUGCUCCUGUUCCUCACAUGCUGGGUGCCGUACUUUACCUGCCGCUUCCUUAAAGCACUUGCCAGUGAACGGACUGACUGGAGCGGCCUUUAUAUAGGAGCAGAACGGGGCAUAUAUGUGGCACUGUUCCUGGUGUACCUGAAGAGCGCGCUCAACCCAAUUUUAUACGUAUUCGCUGCCCGAGGACUGAGUCGCACCGUCCGUGCCUCGCUGCUCUCCACAAUUGUGCGAGUCUUUAACGAGGAUGUGUCCGAGUCCCUGCGCAGGAAGUCCUUACGGAGAAAAGACUCACAGAUUUAAAGUAUAAUCUGUCUGUGGAUUAUUGCUCAACAAUUAAUAUUACAAAAUUCGGUGGCACUCUUGAGAAAGAUGUGGACAGAACUAAGGGAAGUGAAAGAAGGCCCUGACAGGAAGUUUAUCUAAAGAUGUAAGGGACAAAGCUUCUGCACCUUAAAUACAACAAGAAAGAUGCGUAAAUGGUGAACUAUUAAUUCCUAGACCUUGUUCAAGCUUGAAAGUAAUUUUUCAGAGCUAAUUGUUAAUUAUUAAGAGCUAUUCAUUGCAAUUUAUGACUUAAUGGGAAAAGUCAACUCAAGAUGUACUACUGCAAUAUCGAUUGCAGAGAAUGUAUAAAUUUAUCCAUGUGUUUUUAGCUCAUGAAAGAAAAAAAAAUUAGUAUUUACUUUCUUUCUUGCUCAACAUGUUUAAGUGACACCUAGUGUCUUAUCAAUAGGAACCCCAUGUAUAACUAGCACAGAAAUCUGAAACAUCAGGAAAGGUACUGUAGCAUGAAUCGAGAACAGAGGUGCUAACAUAACAGAUUAUCAAAGUCUACAGAUGAGGAGGUGAGAUACCUAAAAAAAGACUGAAGGACUAAAGUUCAGCUGCAGCCUAAUAUUUAGAGAGAUGUGGCAAGGGCUAUUUAUGUGACAGACUAUUUCAAAUGAUAUACAGCUCCACUAGUAAAAACUUGUUUCGUCAAAUUGCAAUAAAAUACUGAAACAAUGGCAUGAUUACUCAAACUGAGCAAAACAAGUUUAGCAAACUCAUACUAGUCCAACAAAUAAAGGUCUUGCAAAUGUAUAAUUAUUGACA